ACGACCUAUUUCCUUUAAAUCCCACAAAAUAUCGAAAGUGUUUUGGGAUUCAGACUCAGACUCAGACUCAGACUCGGGCACUCACUCAGACUCUCUCUCUCUCUCUCUCUCUCUCUCUCUCUCUCGCACUGUGUGUUUCGUAUACUCGCCGAAGAACCAACAAAUCUCGCCGCGGGUUUCGAAUACGACGACGUUUCGAGGCAGCUUUCACGCUAGUUUCCCUGUUGCCGGAAUACUACUCAUGCGCCACCAGCACGCCGCGAGCUCGGCGACCUGACGGAUGGGUUGCUGCUUUCUCAGCUCGUCGGCCACCGAGGACCGCGGUAGCCGGAACCUCGCCGGAAACCACACUCGCCGUCGCCGGAGCUCCGAGCAAUCCGUUAGCGACGGCGUCGACGCCGUAAGAGCGAGGGAGGAGGCAACCGAAAAGGAGAGGCAGAAUAAGGAUAGACACGCCGGCGACUUCCCGGUGACGACAAAUUUCCGGAGGCCUCCAACGGACCCUUGCCCGAAGAACCAGCAAGGCUGGCCGAUCUGGCUCGUAGAGUACGCCGGCGACGCCAUCAAGGAUUGGACUCCUCGCCGCGCCAGCACAUUCGAGAAGAUCGCCAAGAUCGGGCAAGGGACGUAUAGCAAUGUAUAUAAAGCUAAGGAUCUAAUAACAGGGAAAAUAGUGGCUUUGAAGAAGGUUAGGUUCGAUAACUUAGAGCCAGAGAGCGUGAAAUUCAUGGCCCGAGAGAUUCUUGUUCUGCGCCGCCUUGACCACCCCAAUGUGGUUAAGCUCGAAGGCUUGGUCACUUCAAGAAUGACUUGUAGUCUUUACUUGGUUUUUGAGUACAUGGAACACGAUCUCGCGGGCCUCGCCGCCCGCCAAGGGGUCAAGUUCACUGAACCCCAGGUGAAGUGCUAUAUGAAGCAGUUACUGUCUGGGCUUGAGCAUUGCCACAGCCGAGGUGUCUUACACCGUGAUAUCAAGGGCUCCAAUUUGCUCAUUGACAACGAAGGAGUUCUAAAAAUAGCUGAUUUUGGACUGGCUGCUUUCUACGAUCCUGGGCAGAAGCAACCCAUGACUAGUCGAGUUGUCACACUAUGGUACCGGCCGCCCGAACUUCUUCUUGGGGCAACAUUUUAUGGUGUUGGUGUGGACCUCUGGAGUGCUGGAUGCAUCUUGGCAGAGUUACUUUCUGGGAAGCCAAUCAUGCCUGGACGGACAGAGGUUGAACAAUUGCAUAAGAUAUUCAAACUGUGUGGCUCCCCAUUGGAGGAAUAUUGGAGGAAAUAUAGAUUGCCAAAUGCAACACUUUUUAAACCACAGCAACCAUACAAACGUUGCAUAGCAGAAACCUUCAAGGAUUUCCCACCUUCUCUACCUCUAAUCGAAUCUCUUCUUUCAAUAGACCCUGAUGAACGAGGCACUGCGACUGCUGCUCUAAAUAGUGAAUUCUUUACCACUGAACCUUAUGCUUGUGAGUCGUCAAGUUUACCGAAGUAUCCACCAAGCAAAGAAAUGGAUGUCAAAUUAAGAGAUGAAGAAGCUAGAAGGCAAAGAGGUCUAAGUGCGAAAGCUAAUGCUGUUGAUGGUGUUCGAAGAGUUAGAGCUCGUGAGCGUGUUGGUCGGGCAGUUCCGGCUCCUGAAGCCAAUGCAGAGAUUCAAGCAAACUUAGAUAGGUGGAGAAUUGUGACACAAGCAAAUGCCAAGAGCAAGAGCGAGAAAUUCCCGCCUCCCCAUCAAGAUGGGGCGGUUGGAUACCCACUAGAUGCAUCACGUAAAGGGCCUGUAUCAUUUGGCGCACCUGAUACUUCCUUUGGCUCAUCAGUGUUUAAUUCGAAGUCAUCAGGAACUGUUAAAAGUAUUGGGGCUUCUGGGGGGCCUUCUAGGAGGAAAACCAUUAAAGAAGACCUCCAUGCAGCUUCGUCUCGGAAGUUCAUCCGUGCAUUCAAGCCAUCCUCCAUAGGGCUCUCAUUGGAUCUAAUAUUCAAGGGCAAAUAAUCAGUUCGAGGUUUCCAGCAGCUGAAAAUAGAGCGGGUUUGGUGUAUCAUCCUUGCAACAGCAACCCCAAAACUUGUAUAUUCAGACAAAAAAAGAAGAAAGAGAAAGCAAUUCCACUUC